UCCAAAAUCUCUCUCCCUCCCGCCUAGCGGCUUCAGUCUUCAAUCUAUGAGGUUGUUCGCCGGGAAAACGGAAACUACCAUGGAUGAUGUCGAUCGUUUGUUCCAAUGCUUCAAAUGUGGAGUCUCUCCUCCCCAAUCUGCUAUCAGAGAAAAACGAAAAGGAAAGCGAAAGUUAAAGCAACCUAAAUCACAAGAACCCCCAAUUUCUGCAAAUAAGAGUGUGAAUUUGAAAACUGCCAAACAGUUCUCUCCGGUUGUGUUCUACGGUUCUCCGCAUGGGGUUCCUCCGAAAAGGCCUGCUCGUUUGCUGAAGCUGUUGCGUGAAAUUCGCAUUGAUCUCGCCGAACAAAAUAAGCUAAGGGAGGAUGUUUGGACUACUUUUCCAAGGCAAGAUGAUGCGAUGAAAUUCGCUAAACAGCACGGAAAUGUACGUUUGUUUAGCUACCAAGAUCAUAUGAAUGGUCAGAGGAGGUUUCUUGUUUCUUCAUACAAGGAGUUCUGGCGGAGGUAUAAAGAAAUGAGUUCAAAAUUUCGUCACCAUUAUGAAGUAAUUGAAGAGGCACUACCAUGCCACCUCUAUUUUGAUUUGGAGUACAAUACAAAGGAAAAUGCUGAUAGAAAUGGAGAUGAAAUGGUGGAUCUCUUGUUAAUUAUCACCUUCGAUGCAUUACUUGAGAAGUAUUCCAUCCAAGGAAGCGAAGAUUUUGUUAUAGAGCUUGAUUCAUCAACUCAAGAUAAGUUCUCUCGUCAUUUAAUCAUCCACUUACCCAAGACUGCAUUUAAAGACAAUUCACAUGUUGGUUCUUUUGUUGCUGAGAUAUGUUCACGCAUUCAUAGUUACAGAGGAAGAGAUCAAAAUUAUAACAAACUAUUAAUUUCCAAGGGUGGCAAUUCCAUUGAUAGUGAUUUCCAUCUUUUUGUGGAUACAGCUGUUUAUUCUAGGAACCGUUGCUUCCGACUACCCUUUUCGUCAAAAGCAGGGAAGAACUCGGUUCUUCUGCCCAGUGGUCGUUUUAGAUGUAAGGACAUGAGUGAAGAAGAAAUAUUUAUGGCUUCCUUGAUUUGCAACUUGGAUGUUGAUUCUGCCAAACUUCUGAUCUGCAAAAUGGAUUUAGAUUGUGUGAAAGCCUUGCAUUUUGAGACUGAGCAGAUUCCCAAUGAUAUCCAGAGACAUUCUGAACGCCUCGGAAAAUUUGAUAUCAAUGCCUGGACAGCAGAUCCUUCAACAACUUGCUUGAUGGAAAAAUCACCAUUCCCAGCUCUGGAUGCUUUUAUUAUAGCCAUUGCUUCUAAUGGAAAUGUACCAGGAAAAAUUCGAAGCUGGUGCUGGUUUUCAGAAUAUGCAUUGAUCGUUUACAGUAUGUCCAGAAACCGAUAUUGUGAACGAAUUGGCAGAGAACAUAAAAGCAAUCAUGUUAUAUAUGUCGUUGACCUGAGAAGAGCUCUUUAUUAUCAAAAGUGCCAUGAUCCAGAUUGCAGAGGUUAUCGAUCUCCACUGCGUGAAGUCCCCGAGGAUGCUAUUCCUGAUCCAGUUUCAUUCUGCAAUCUUCCAAGAGGAAAUGACACUAGUUUUGCUGGUGAUGAGAAAUUAAUAGACAGCUGCAGGAAAGAAGAAUGGUGGAUUGAAGCUGUAAGAGUUGCAGAGGAGGUGGAAAAAAUACAGACAGCGUUGGAUCUUACUCAGAUGCAGGAUGAAGCAAGUGAAGAAGAUGAAAACUGGUGGAUGGCUGCUGUCAAUACAGCAUCAGAGACUGAAUUGAGAUACCUUCAAGGAACCUAGUAGCUCGGGCCAUAUUAAUCCCCAUUUGUCAUCGACCAAGUUAUAUUCCAACUACGUAUAAUAUAUGAAGUUUAGUAAAAAAAAUUCAGUUCCAUAACAUUUGAAAUCAAAAUGUUAAAUUACAAAGUUCUAAUUUUUCUCA